AUGAGUUUCCUAAGCAUUUUUACUUUUUUCAGCGUCCUUAUUUCUGUUGCAACAACCGUCAGAUUUGAUUUGACUAACGUUACCUGUAAGGGCCUACAUGGACCUCAUUGUGGUACCUACGUUAUGGAAGUCGUUGGUCAAAACGGUACAUUUUUGGGUCAAUCUACGUUUGUUGGCGCCGACGUCUUGACUGAAAGCGCUGGUGAUGCUUGGGCAAGAUAUUUGGGCCAGGAAACAAGAUUCCUCCCAAAGUUGACUACUAUUGCUAGUAACGAGACAAAGAACUUUUCUCCACUCAUCUUCACCACCAAUAUCAACACUUGUAACCCUCAAUCCAUUGGUGACGCUAUGGUUCCUUUUGCUAACACUGUUACUGGUGAAAUUGAAUAUAACUCUUGGGCAGACACUGCUGAUAACGCUUCCUUCAUAACCGGUUUAGCUAACCAAUUGUUCAACUCUACCGAUUAUGGCGUUCAAGUUGCUUCCUGUUACCCAAAUUUUGCUUCUGUUAUCUUAAGCACCCCAGCUGUGAAUAUUUUCGGUAAGGAUGACACAUUACCAGAUUAUUGUACCGCCAUUCAGCUAAAGGCCGUUUGUCCACCAGAAGCUGGUUUUGAUUAA